UACUCUUAUAUUCUACCACCUCUCUCACGUUCUGUGUUUUUUCUUCUUCCCAAACUCGUAGAAUCUCGAAGCUCUUCGAUCGAUCAACAAAUCGAUCAAUUGCUCUCUCGCUCUUCUUCAAAAUCGAUCCAUGGACUACGAAGCUGAGUUCGCCGAUCACACUCCUCCAUUGUUCGAUAGCGUGGGAGAUGUGAUCAAGGAUGCUGAAGUCAAAGGGUUCAACCCAGGAUUGAUCAUCUUGAUAGUUGUUGGUGGCCUACUAUUAACGUUCCUCAUUGGCAAUUAUGUACUUUACAUGUAUGCACAAAAGACCCUUCCUCCUAGGAAAAAGAAGCCAAUCUCCAAGAAGAAGAUGAAGAAGGAGAGAAUGAAGCAAGGCGUUUCAGCACCCGGAGAAUAGACAAUUUUGGCCAAUAUGUUAUCUACUAUUUAGGUUGAGUUUUUGUGUUCAAAUAUCACUCUCCAUGUCUGGUACCUUUUGUUAAGAGACUCUUGCACUUUUUUUUUGGUGAUUUUCUCUCCUUUUCUUUCAUCGUGUUGGACAGAAAAUUUUAGCUUCAAAAUUAGAGACUACCUCACAAUGAUAUGUUAGCUGACUAAGAUGUUACAAGUUUCUUUAUUUUCCUUUCC